CGAUCGAUCUCACUCUCAGCUGGUCGCUCACUCUUGCAGCUCCACCCUUCACUCAGUCUUAGGCUCUUAGCUCUAGGCUCUAGCUAGCCGCGCCACUCCUUCGUGUAGCCAUCAGCCUUCUCAUCGCCACCAAUGGCCACUGCCGAGGUCCAGACCCCGACCGUCGUGGCGGCCGAGGAAGCGCCCGUGGUGGAGACCCCGCCGCCGGCCGUCGUGCCCGAGGAGUCUGCCCCCGCCGAGGCCGAGGCCGAGGCCGAGGCUGAGGCUGCUGCUCCUGCUGAUCCCGAGGAGCUUCCCGCGGCCGAGCAGCAGGCAGCCGCCGAGCCCGAGGCCGCUGCUCCUGCUGGUGCCGAGGAGCCCGCGGCGGCCGAUCCGGCCGCCGAGGCUGAGGCUGCUGCUCCUGCUGGUCCCGAGGAGACUCCCGCGGCCGAGCAGGAGGCAGCCGCCGAGGAGGAGGCUGCUGCUGCUCCUCCUGCUGGUGCCGAGGAGCCCGCCGCGGCCGAGCCGGUCGCCGAGGCAGAGGCUGCUGCUCCCGAGGAGCUCGCCGCGGACGAGCCGGAGGCUCCUGCUCCUGCUGGUCCCCAGGAGCCGGCCGCCGAGGCGGAGGAGGUUGCUGCUCCUGAGGAGCCCGAGAAGGCCAGCGAGUGAGGCCGUGCGCACGCAGCGGCGGCGGCCAGGGCCCAGGGGAUCGGCGUGCGCGCGUGGCGGGGUAGUCGCUCGCGCGCGUACAUGGCAGUAUGACACGGGAUUUUGCUGUUCAGUACGCUACGGUUAUUACUGGCGUCUCUCUCUGUGUGUGUGUGUGUCUCGUACGUAGCCCGGUACGUAGCUAGCAGUGACUGUCGCGUGGACGUGUCCGGUGCGGGCUGCGAGUGACGUGGGCUAAAUAAAGUGUGCGUCGGGUGGUAAUGGUGGUGGGGCCCGGUGUCAGUGGCGCGGUGCCCCAUGCCUGCCGCUGCUGCAGCUUGUUGUGUCUUGUGUUGGUUGGUUCCUGUUCUUUCUGUCUAUCUAUUCUCAUGCAUGGCAGUUUGGGUAUGGUAUGGGUCGUCUUCUUUGGUUACGUUCCCUGCAUUCUGUUUGUGUCAUUGUGUGAUGAUACGAUCUUCUUUAUAUAAUAAUAGAGCCAGUCGUUCAUCA